UCUGUGAGAGCUCACAGAGCUUGAGCUCUCACAGAGUCGAUCUCACAGAGCUUGAGCUCUCACAGAGUCGAUCUCACAGAGCACUCACAGAGCUUGAGCUCUCACAGAGUCGAUCUCACAGAGCUUGAGAGCUCAAGCUCUGUGAGAGCUCAAGCUCUGUGAGAUCGACUCUGUGAGAGCUCUGUGUGAUCGACUCUGUGAGAGCGAUCAUGCUGCCGCUGGCCGAACGUUCAGCCGCGACGUGGCGCUACGGAGUUGCGCGUUGCAAGCUGCUGCGCGCAGCAUUUCUGUUUUUCGCUGUCAUCGCGGUUACGCUGGUCGCCUUCUAUAGAACAUCGCAGCCAGACCGACCCACGACACGGUCCGCUAAGAAUGGUACGUCGUUGCCAAUCGAGUUCGCAAGUACUAUCAUCAACGACAAUGUGAAACGAAAUAAUUCCGCGACGACGGCGAUGGCGGCGGCGGCCGGUAACAAGGCGAUUGGUGGAAAACAGGGAGUUAUUCUCAGCGUCGACUUCAAAGGCGGCAUCGGCAACCAGCUUUUCAUGUACGCCGCCCUAGCGGGAAUCGCCGAAGAGUUGGGUUUUGACGCUCGUAUACCGGACACUCUUCCCGUUCGCAGCAUGUUCAACCUGACGCUAAACACGAUUCCUGAUCAAUGGGAGGCAACCAACCGACCGGUGAUGCUCAUGGAGGGAAAGAAAUUCGGCUCUCGCGAUGAGAGCCUGCUAUUCCACCUCUCAGAGCUGCGGGGGAUAGGGAAGGGAAGGAAAUGGAAGGGAAGGGAAGGGAAGAGGAAGGGAAGUGACGCGGUCAUCUACGGCUACCUGCAGAGCUGGACAUACUUCAGUAACAUCUCGGAAAGACUCCGCCGCGAGUUGACCUUCAGAGAUGAGAUCGGUGACGAAGCGGCGCGGAUUCUACGCGCAUGCAGACGCGGUAACGACGGCAGCCCGCUGGUCGGCAUACACGUGCGCAGAGGUGACCUUCAAGCUCUACACAGCGAGGGUUACCGCACAGGCGACGUCGAUUUUUUCCGUAGAGCGAUCGCGCAUUUUCGUGGCGGCGACCAAGACGGCGGGCCGACGCCGACGCCGACGUUCGUUGUUGCUAGCGACGACGUCCAGUGGUGCGUGGAAAAUCUGCAGAACUUACAUCCGUCGAUCGUCUUUCUCACCGGAAACACUGCGGCCGUCGACAUGUCGGUUAUCUCGCAAUGCGAUCACGUGAUCUAUGACGUCGGCUCGUACGGCUGGUGGUGUGGUUGGCUGUCAAGCGGACAGGUACUCUACAUGGAGAAUUUUGCUGAACGCGACAGCAAAAUCGCACGCGGAACAAUUAGAGAGGAAUACUUUUUGCCGCAGUGGCUCGGGCUCUGAUAUUUAAAUUACUCGAUGAUGUAUCAUUUUUGUUACUUUAUACAGAAUUCAGACUCGAUGCGGAGAUUCAUCUUGUCUGUAUAUUGCGACAGAAAGAAGAGAUAUCAUAUUGAUAAUCUUGAUGAAAUAAAAUGUGUUAAAAUAACUAAAUUUAUAGUGUAAUUAAACGUUUGAAUUGUUCCUUCUCGUUUUGUCAAGUAUAUUAUAUAUAUAUAUAUAUAUAUCAGGAGUAGAUAAUAGGGAUAAUAGGAUCAUAGGGA